AUGAAGGGUGCGAUUGGCAUGGUUAAACCAUGUAACCUAGCCGGAGCCUCGAGCCUUGUUGGUGAGAUCUCACAGUGUACGACAAGCAUGAAACAUCGGACGAAGCAGUUAUCACACUGUAAUACUGGCAUGAAGCAUCGAACCAGGCAGCUAAGUGUAAAGAGUUCUUGGAAUAGCGAGUCCGGUCAACCACGGGUAACGAACCACGUGGCGAAGUUGGGUCAGAAGUGGAGAGAGUAUCAAGGGAUCAAGAAUUGGGAAGGAUUGCUUGACCCUCUCGACGAUAGGCUCCGGCACGAGAUUCUCCGAUAUGGGGAUUUCGUGGAGGCGGCAUACAGGAGUUUCGAAUUUGACACGUCGUCGCCGGAUUACGCAAUGUCUAAGUACUCGCAAAACUCACUGUUGGAUAGAUGUGGAUUAGGGGGAAGUGGGUAUAAGGUGACUAAAAGUCUGCAUGCCACGUGUGGGGUUCAGCUACCAAGUUGGAUUGAAAGCAAGGCUUCCGUGAAUUCCAGUUGGAUUGGUUACGUGGCUGUUUGCAACGAUGAGGAAGAGAUCGCUCGGUUGGGCAGAAGGGACGUGGUGAUUGCCUACAGGGGAACCGCCACGUGUCUUGAGUGGGUUGAGAAUCUACGUGCCACUUUGACAUCAUUGCCUAAUGAUGUCGCAGGUGAGAGAAAAAGAGCAAUGGUACAAAAAGGUUUUCUUAGUAUGUACACAACAGCCACCACCACGUGUCCAAGUUUACGAGAUAUGGUGAGGGAAGAGAUAUUGAGGAUCAUCGAAACCUACGGGAACGAGCCUCUUAGUGUCACCAUCACCGGCCACAGCCUUGGUGCGGCGUUAGCCACCCUCACAGCCUACGACAUAACCUCCAAAUUCAAGCACUCACCAAUGGUAACUGUCGUUUCAUUCGGAGGGCCACGUGUCGGAAACCGAAACUUCCGAUCACAGCUUGAAAACAGCGGCACCCGAAUCCUCAGAAUCGUGAACUCAACCGAUGUGAUCACGAAAGUCCCAGGAUUCUUGGUUGACGGUAGCACCAGCAACGACGUGUCGAAAUCAGAAGUUCACGUCUCCGGGUGGCCAGGGUGGCUGCAAAAGCGAGUGGACGAAAGCGACUGGUUCAGAUACGCUGACGUGGGAAAAGAGCUUCGGCUUAGCAGCAAUGCAUCGCCUUACCUUACAAGAACCAACUUUGCCACAUGUCACGACCUAAAGACUUAUCUCCACUUAGUGGAUGGUUUCGUGAGUUCCACGUGUCCAUUUAGAAGCACAGCAAAAAGAUUAAUAGCGGGAACGAAACACGAGAAGCAACAAAUCUUGGUUAGAUGA